UUUUAGUGCCAUAGAUCACGACUUGUAUUUUUGCAAGGAUCAUACUAAUAAGUAUUUUAUUUUUUUAUUGUUAUUUAAAGAAAAAAACAUGAGUGUCUUUCGUGUAGAUAAUUUGAGCAAUGCUAUUAAUAAUGUCUUGAAUGACGAUAAUAAUCCUAAAAAUUUCAAAGAAAUGAAGAUUAAUGAUCUAGAUGAUCUAGGUUAUAAACGGCAAAUAGUAACUUAUUAUGAGAUGGAUAGAACAAAACGUAACUAUGCAAUAAUAUUUAAUCACGAGAACUAUGAUGAAAAUUUUUUGGAACCAUCAUUUAGACGGAAUGGCACUAACCUAGAUUGUGAAAAUUUGACUGAUGCUUUGAAGGGUUUAUCAUUCGAUGUUCAUGUCUAUCAGGAUUACACUCACAAAUCUAUUGUUGAGAAGUUACAAGAAGUUGCGAAAAUGGAUCAUACUCAACAUAAUUGUCUACUUAUCGUCGUAAUGACUCACGGAGAUCUCGGUACACUUGACGCUUACGACACACCUUAUUAUGCUGACACCAUUUGGCUUAACUUUACCCCAAAUAGGUGUCCAACACUUGCUGGUAAACCGAAGUUAUUUUUUAUCCAAGCUUGUCAAGGUAAACAAACUGAUAGUGGUAGUCCUUUAGUAGAGAGGACUGUAAUUGAUGGAUCCACAUUCAAUUAUAAUUCAUUUCACAUUGGAACAGACGUUUUGGUUGCCUAUGCAACAAUAGCAGGCUAUUUUGCAUGGCGCAAUGGUUAUGGAUCAUGGUUUAUACGAAUACUUAGCCAUGAAUUGCGUGAACAUGGUACAACUGAUAAUAUAUUAACGAUCCUUACAAAUGUAAUUCGAUAUAUUGCCAUAAAUUUUCAAUCUAACACACCAGACAAACCAGAACUAGAUAAGAAAAAACAGUUACCCUGUAUCAUGUCCAAGCUGACAAAGCUUCUUAAAUUUUAUCCAAAGAAUUGAUGUGACCAACUUUUAUUUGUCAGUGUUAGUAAUUUAUGAAGAUAAUAUAAUGAUCAAAUAUAAAUCAAGAACAAUA